UUUUUCGUCACUACAGCGCAAACGCGCAUGCUUGAAAGUAGUAACGAAAUAUUGGUCUUAUAUGUUUAUUUCCAUAUUUUAAAUGCACGUAUUGCGACACAUGCUUAUAUAAAUAUGCACAUAUUUGACUAGUCGUACUAUGUUUCGUUGGUCAUGAAAUAGUUUUUUGAGAGUUGAGCAAGGAAACGAAAUAGUUAUUGUGCUGUGUAUUACUAGUAUUAAGUCAAAAUAUUAUUGGUUACAUAAAUUGUGUACAUAUAUUGUUAUCCUUACUCGUUAUUUUUUAUAUAAUAAAACCUCUCAAUUUGUAUGCAUCGAAUGUGAGUUUAUAAGCUGUACAAAACUUUUACAAAUUUUUUAAUUACAAUGGAGAAAUUAAAUGAAUACGAGGGUUUUUCUGGUCGGCUGCAUCACUGGCGUGAAUCUUUUAAAGAACUAAUUUUAACACAAAGGGAAAGGGAUUCGACAAGCAUUUUUGAAUUUUUUAAGAAUGCUGCGAAUAAAAAUUUUAGUGGAAAUAUUAGUGCUACUCAAGAUUUUUCACACAUAUACAGACAUAAAACUCGCAUGGAGUUCGUAAGGAUUUCUGCAGCUGUUAUGGGCAUUGAGUUCUCGUAUGCCGCUGAAACUGCCUUCGUUUCACCAACUCUGCUAAAAAUUGGUAUAGACCAUCAACAUAUGACUUUAGUAUGGGCUUUAUCACCAUUGAUAGGGUUCAUUGCGUGCCCUUUCUUAGGCUCGAUUAGCGAUCGCUGUAAUCUAAAUUUGGGGCGAAGAAGACCUUUUAUAAUUUUGCUGUCAAUAGGAGUUAUUUUUGUGAUGUCAGAUUUACGGAUAUUUUUUUGAACCUGCAAGAGGUAGUGCGGAUUCAUACCCGGAUUUUAAGAUUUCCUCGAAUUUAUUAUAUUAUAACAUUUAUUUUCUGUAUAUAUAAAAUAUGUAUUUUUGAAAAUCACGAAAAUUCGGUGGCUAUAGUUUAUAUCUGCAGUCAAAGAUGUUCUUGAGCAAUACAAUGUAUUACGUAUAUGUGCUAUUUUCAAUAAAUUUUAAUAGCCGUUGGAAUUAUGCACAUACGUACACAUAUGUAUCUAAAUUUUCAUGAUUACAGUCUACCUAUAGUGUACAAAACAAAUAUAGCAUUUCAAUCAGAAACUCCCAAAAUACAAGUUCUUUAUAGUCGAUUGGAAGACGUGCUCUAAAAAUUAACUUCCUGUUGUGUAAAAGAAGAUUAGACCGACAAAACCGAUACGGAGUUUAUAGAACCCAAAUAGACAAAAGAAAACCAAUUUACUUUGGAGCUUUGGGGAUCUUAAUUCAAUGUAACAAACCAAGAAAUCGAUUCAUUUCUUAAAUAGUUCAGGCAAUUUUACAUAACUUUUGCUACAGAAAGUUUUUCCCAUUUGCUGAAAAAGAGUUUAGCUGCGGCAAACUUGCUUUUUUAAAACCAAAUAACUUCCCGCAGUCACGAAAUAUUCAGAUAUCGCAAGCACUCCAAAUUUUUGGAAAAACUUCGCCACUAUAACAUUUAGUUUGCAUAGUUAAUUAGAAAAAUAACUAGUAAGGAAGGCUAAAUUCGGGCGUAAUCGAACAUUUCAUAGUCUUGCAACUAGCUUUUAAUUUUAUGGCGUUUUGUGGGCGUGGCAGUUAAUUGAUAAUGCUCAUCUACGAACCCGUCCUUUUUUUUCUAACAAGCAACACAUGUACCAAGUUUCAUCACGAUAUCUCAACUUUUACUCAAGUUACAGCCCGCACAGACGGAGGGAUUUCAGCUCGUCCCGUCAUCC